CCGUCACGUCAAGUGUCGAGCAGGCCACUUCUUCCCACCACCGCACCGCCGCCAACACGAUAACCAUCGACUUACCGUCAACCGUCGUCGACCCGCGAAUCUCGCAGUUAAAGUGCCGACGUUCGAUUAGUCGAUAUACACGUGUCAUGUAAGAAAUGUGAGAACGCGACGCGACGACGUUUAUACGAGUUUCCAGUACAAAAAGGUCUAUCAUGCCUUCUACACGAGAUCUCGUCAACGAACUCAUCGCCAAGGACUCGGUCGUCAUAUUCUCCAAGACGUAUUGUCCUUACUGCACAAUGGCCAAGAAGGUGUUUGACUCGUUGAAGAAGAAAUACACGGCGAUAGAGUUAGACGAUAGGGAAGACGCAGCGGAGAUACAAGAUGUGUUGGGCGAAAUAACUGGUGCCAGGACAGUGCCCAGGGUAUUCCUCAAUGGAGAAUGCUUAGGCGGCGGUACCGAUGUCAAGAAAUUGUACGAGAGCGGCGAGCUAGAGAAAAAAUUUUAAAUUUUUAUUGCCGAAGCGUCUUGUGAUUAUUUACCUAUAAUUUGUUCAUAACAAGGGGCUCUCUAUAAUAACAAUAAAUCAAUAAAACACAACUGCGCUGAUGCAAGAGAGGAAAAAGG